AUGAGCUCGCCGACGCGGACUCCUGGGGCCUCCAGGCGGGCGUCUGGGUCCGGACAUGGCUUUCUCGGCGGCAUCAUGGGCCGCCUGAGCGCCUCGAGUCCGUCCAGCACCCCGCAGCAACAACUCACCACGGACGUCCAGAAAGUCCUCCAGUCGCACGUGAGCGAAGUGAUGCGCCUGACGGAGGAGAACCGCUUCCUGGAGCAAGGGAAAGCCCGCGUCGAGCAGCAGCUGCAGGCAGCAGUGGCAGAAAGCAACGCGCUCAAACAGCGCAUCCGGGAGACGUCCGACACGAAGACGCUCGACGUCGCGCGCAUGCGCGCUGAGCGCGACCAGCUCAGCCAGGACAUUGCGGAUCUGCGCGCGGAGCUCGAGGGGUCUCGCCGCACCGCCCAGAGGGAGGCGCAGCGGAUGCAGGACCAGGUGGCGGAGGCGCGCGAGCAGGCGUCCUCGAAGGAGGCGCUGGUGUCCGGCCUGCGCGCCGAGGGCAGCACCGAGGUCAUCGCGAGGAUGGAGGAGGCGCUGUCCGCCAAGGACAGCACCGUACAGGCGCUCAGGCAGCAGCUCCGCGAGGAGCGUUUCGCCCUGGAGGAGCAGUCCGCCGCGCACGCCGCGGCCCUGCGCGAGGCCGCGGACGCCCACGACCGCCGCGCCGAGUCCCUGCACGCGGAGAUCGACCGCCUGCAAGCAGAGCUCUCGCAGGCGGUGGUCGGCUCCCGCGGCCUGCGCCGCACCUCGGACGCCGAGCGGCUCGAGGCCGCCGAGCAGCGCAUCGCCGAGCUGGAGCGCCAGCUGGCCACGGCGCAGCGGAUGGCCGCGGAGGCGGAGGAGCAUGCACGCGACGCGCAGGCGCGUACGGAUGAGGCGGCGGCGGAACUGCGGGAGCAGGCGCGGGCGGCGCAGGAGGCGCUCGCGGAGAGCGAGCGGCGUGCGGCCGACGCGGAGAGCCGGGCGGCUGCGUCCGAGGAGGCGCUGCGUGCGACACGCGCGGCAGUGGAGGGCCUCCAGGCGGAGCACGGGGACGCGAUCCGGCGGGCCGAGGAGGCGGAGGAGGCGCUGGAGGCUGCGAGGCGUGCGGCCUCCGAGGCUGAGGCGGAGCGCGAGGCGUCGUCGCGUCGGGCGGAGGAGAUGGCUGCAGCGCUGGCGGCUGCGCAGCAGGGAGCCGGGGAGGCGGAUAGGGCGCAGGAGCGCUGCGCGGAGCUGUCGGCGGAGGUCGCAGCGCUGAUGCAGGAGCGCGACGAGCUGCGGGCGGCCGCCGCGGAGGCGCGGGCGCGCGCGACGGAGCUCGAGGUGUCCACAGCGCGUAUGACGGACGAGGGCUCGGAGCUGCGCGCGGAGGUGGAGCGGCUGCGUGGAGAGGUUGCGGCGCAGCAUGCAGCGGUGGAGGCGCGCGUGCGGGAGGGGGUGUCGGCGGCAGAGGCCCGCGGGGGGGAGUUGGAAGAGGAGCUGCGUCAGGCGCGUGCGCAGCUGCAGGAGCGCGACGCGAGCGUCGAGGCGGCCGAGGCGGAGGCUGGGCGCGCGCGGGACGCAGCAGGCGACGCGGAGGCGCGGGCGGGGGAGUUGCAGGAGCGCCUGAGUCAGUUGGAGGCCCGACUCGAGGCUGAGAAGGAGUUCAGCGCGCAGCUGGAGCAGUCCAUCAAGGACGCCGAGGCGCAGCUCGCGGAGGCCGAGGAGGACGCGGCGGCGCAGCAGGAGCGCCUCGCGGCCGCGGAGGGGCGCGUGGCGGAGCUGGAGGGCGCAGUGGCGCAGGCGGCAACCCAGGCCGACGCGGACGUCGCGGGCGUGCGCGAGGAGCUCGCCGCCGCACAGGAGCGCAUCGCGGAGCUCGAGGUUGUGGAGGAGGACGCGGCGGGCUUGAGAGCCCAGCUGGAUGCACUGCAGUCGAGAGUUGCUGUACUCGCGCCACUCGAAGAGCAGGUGUCUGCAGCGGAGGCCGCGGCAGCGGAGGCCGCUGCGCGCACGGAGGAGCUGGAGGCCGAGCUGGCGGCCGAGCUGGCGGCUGCGCGCGAGGAGCUCACGCAGGUGCAGGGGGAGUUGCAGGCCCAGCACGAGGAGUCCGCUGCCGAACGCGCGGCGCUGGAGCAGCGGUGCUACGACGCCGAGGGCGCGCUCGAGGAGGCGCGCGAGGAGCACGGCAAGCUGAGCGCGGAGCUCGCGGAGGUCAAGGGCCGCUGGGACGACGCUGCGACGGCAGCGACGGCGACGCUGCGUGCGGAGGUGGAGGCCCUGCGCGCGCGGCUCGCGGGGACGGAUACGGCCGUCGCGAACGCUCAGGCUGCGGCGGAGGCGGCGGAGGAGCGGCGGUCCGCGACGGAGCGGCGCCUGGAGCGUGCUCGGGAGGAGGUCCUGCGGUUGGAGGGGGAGGUGGCGGCGCUGCAGGGGGCGCGGGACGGCGCGGAGGCGGCGCGCGGGGAGGCCGACGAGGCGCGGCGGCGGCAGGAGGAGGCGGAGAAGGUCGAGGAGGCCGCGCGGCUGCGCACGGUGCAGUAUAAGGAGCGGCUUGACGCGGCGAACAAGGCGCACAAGGAGGCGGCGUCGCGCGCGGAGGCGGACGCUGCGGCGGCGCGGGCGGAGCGUGCGGAGCUCCAGGGCGAGCUCGAGCGGGUGCGUGUCGCGCUGGGCCGCGCGGAGGCGCUUGGACGUGAGCUCGAGGCAGCGCUGUCUGCGGCGCGUGAGGCGGAGCGGGCGGCGGUGCGGGAGCGCGAGGGCGCGGAGGGGCGCUGCGCGGAGACGCAGGAGCGGCUCGAGGCGGCGCAGAGGCUCGGGGAGGACCGGGCGAGCGCCCUCGAGGCGCUGCGCGCGCAGCUGGCGGACCGCGAGCGUGCGCUCGAGGGCGCGGGCGAGCGGCUCGCGGGACUCGUUGAGGCCGAGGGUGAGCUGGAGAGCGCGCGAUCGCUGGUGACGGAGCUCCAGGGCCUCCUGCGGGAGCAGAGCACGGCGUCGGAGUUGCAGGCGGCGCAGGCCGAACAUACCGAGGCGCAGCUGCGCGAGGAGGCGGCGCAGGCGCGGCGCGCAGCGGACGAGCUCGCGGCGCAGCUGGCCGCGGAGCAGAGCGCCGCGCGCGAGGGCGCGACCGAGGCCAACGCGCUCGCGGAGCGCCUGGCGUCAGGUGGGGGGGACAUGGCAGCGGACUCCCCCGUGCGGGCCGGGCCGGGCGCGGGCGGCGGGGAGCCGUUCGACGGGGAGCCUACGGCGCUCGGGCUGUCUCGGCACGUCCACACGCCUUCGAACCGAAUGGUCGUGAUCGGUCCAGGGGGCGCGGGGGCGGGUGCGGCGACGGCGGACCGCGUGCUGGACGACGAGCUGGACGCGGCGCUGGGCAUCGUGGCUGCGUCGCAGCGGGGCUCGUCGCGCAUCUCGGGGGCCAGCGCGGGGCCGGACGCGGACCCCCCACUCCUGCAGGGGAGGGGUCCCAUGCAGCGGCUUGAAUCACUCCCCCUGGUGUCCCGCGGGGCCGCGGGCGAGACGCAGCGGCAGCUCGACAUCCUCCGGCAGGCCGUACAGCGGCGCACGGACCGCAUUGCGGAGCUCAAGGACGCAUGGGAGGCGAUGGAGGCGCGAGCAGCGAACGCGGAGCGGGAGCGCGACGCGCACCUGCGGUUGCUGGAGGAGGAGCGCGCGCUGGCGUCGGCGUCGCGGUCGGUGUCGGACGCGGCGCGCAUGGAGGCCGAGGCCGCGCGGGCGCGCGAGGCGGCCGCGGUGGAAGAGGCGGGUGCGUUGCGUGAUGACCUCGCGGCGCUGCGAGAACGCCACGCGGUGUUCGCGGCGGAGGCGGAGCGCGCCGCGCGGGAUCUUGCGGAGACGCGGGAGCGCCUGGCGGCCGCGGAGCGCGAACGCGAUGCGGCGCGGGGGGGUCUGGAGGCCCUCACAGCGACAGUGGCGUCGACUGCGCGCGACGCCGGGUGCGGUCCGGGCGGCGCGGAGGUCGCCGAUGCCGGGGUGGGCGGCCGAGACGCGGGGGGCGUGGAUGCCGGAUGCGGGGGCAGCGGCACGGAGCUGGCGGACGCGGAGGCGCAGGUGGGUCUGUUGGGGGCGCGCGUGGCAGAGCUGACUCAGGAGGUCGCGCGUCUGACGGAGGAGCUCGCGCGGGCGAGGGCGGACGCGGAGGGCGCGGCGGCGCGGUGCGCAGACCUCGAGGGCGAGCUGGCGGCCACGCUGGAGGCGAAGCAAGCAGCAGAGGCGGACGCUGAGCGCCUUCUGGCGGACGCGCGGGCGGAGGCGGAGCGUGCCGUGGCGGAGGCACAGGCAGAGGCGGAGCGUGCUGUGGCGGAUGCACAGGCAGAGGCGGAGCGUGCUGUCGCUGAGGCGCGCGAGAGGGCUGACGCUGCGGAGCGUGCGCUGGCGACGGAGACGGAGCGCGCAUCGGCCGAGGUGCGGGAGGCAGAGCGCGUGGCGGCGGCCGCGACGGAGCGCGCCGUGGCCGACGCGGUGGAGGCAGCGCGGGCGGAGGCGGCGCAGGCGCGCGCAGCGUUUGAGGCCCAGCUGCAGGACGCUCAGGCGGCGGCAGCCAAGGCCGCGGAGGCGCAGGCGGCGGCGGACGAGGCGCGCGAGCUGCGUGGACAGGUCGAGCACCUUGCGGACCUGCUGGCCAAGCGGCAGGUCGAGGCGGACGCCGCGGUGAAGGCGCGCGACGAGGCGGUGGGGGCGGCGCAGGAGGUGGAGGGGCUCAAGCAGGAGGUGCAAGAGCUGGAGGAGGCGCUCGCGGCGCGCGAGGAAGAGGUUCGGGAGAAGAACAAGGAGAUCAUUGGCCUGGAGCGGGACGUCGAGCGGCUCACGGCGCUGCAGGACGGUGCGGAGGAGGCCAAGAUGGCGGUGAUGCAACUCGAGGCGGACCUGGAGGCGCGCGGCGAGGAGCUGCGGGCGGCGCGGGCGGAGGCCGCGGAGGGCGGGGCGUCGAAGGAGCUGGCGGAGCGGGCGCGGGCGGAGGCGGACGCGGCUGUGGCUGCGGCGGCGGAGAUGCGGGAGAGAGCGCGCGCAGCCAACGAAGCGUGCGACGCGGCGGGGGAGCGCGCGCGCGCGGCGGAGGCCGCGGCGGCAGACGCAAAGGCGGCGGCGGCGGCCGCGGAGGCGGCGCUGCGGCGCGCGGAGGAGCGUGUGGGGGUCGCGGAGGCUGCGCGGGCGGACGCCGAGCGUGCCGCAGGGCAGGUGCGGGUGGAGCUCGCGGAGGCUGAGGCGCAGGGCGUUGCGGCGGGGAAGCGCGCGGCGGCCGUGGAGGAGGAGGCGGGGAAGCUGCGCGACGAGGUCGCGGCGCUGCGCAAGAAGCUCGACGACGCGGAGACGAGGGCGCGCAAGUGGGAGCGUGAGGCGCGCGACGCCCGCGAGGACGCCUCUGCCGCGGAGGUGUCCCUGGAGCGCCUGCGCGGUCAAACCAAGUCCUUGGACGCCCGCGCACACAGCGCGGAGCAGGAGGCCGCCCGCCUCCGCAGCGCCGCACUGCUCGGGGAGUCCGCGCAGCAGGACGUCGCCGACCUGCGCAAGCAGCUCGCCUCCGCACAGGACCGCGCGCGCGAGGCCGAGCGCCACCGCGCGGUGGCUGAGGAGGCCCGCGACGCUGAGCGCCGCGCCCUCGAAGUCUCCUCGAACGACCGCAUCCGCGCGGCCGAGGCCGACCGCACGGACCGCGAGAAGCUCUGCGCGGGGCUACAGCAGGCGCUGGACUCGACGACGGCGGAGCUGCGGCGGGCGCAGGACCGCUGCGAGACGCUGGAGGCGACCGUGGAGCGGCAGCAGGCCGAGCUGUCGGCGCUCGAGGCGGCGACUGCGGACGACGCCGCGCACGCGCGCGAGCUGGGCGCGGCGCAGGUGGAGGCGGAGCGGCAGCGGAGCGCGGCGCAGGACCGCGCAGAACGGCUGCGUGCGGCAGAGGGCCGCGCGGCGCGGAUGCAGUCUGACUUGGAGCGCGCGCUCGGGCGGCUCGAGGAGCUCAGUGCGGACUCGGGGCAGAUGCAGGCGGACCUCCGGGAGAGCGAGCGGCUGCUGGAGGCGCAGCGUGCGGCAGUGCGGGAGGCAAACAGGCAUGCGGAGCGCGUGGCCGGGGAGCUCGAGGAGGUGCGGGUGCACGCGGCGCGACUGGAGCGGAGCGUGGCGGCGAAGGAGGCGGCGGCGGGGGAGCUGCGAAAGGCGGCGGACGCGGCGGUGGCGGAGGCGGCGGAGCUGCGGGAGCGGUGCGCGGCGCUCGCGGCGCGCGUGAGCGCGGUCGAGGACGAGAAGCGCGCGCUGCGAGGCGAGCUCGCGGAGGCAGCGGCAGCGGUGUCGGCCGCGGAGGUGCGCGCGUCGCGCGAGGCCGUGAACGCUGCGAGUGCGCAGGAGGCCGCCACGGCGGCCGAGGGGCGCGCGCGUACAGCGGACAUCGCGCUCGAGGGCCGCGCGCGCGAGCUCGCGGAGGCGCGGCGGCAGCUCGACCAGGAGACCGCGAAGCGCGCCGCGGCGACCCGAGACGAGGACGCAAAAGACAGUGCGGUGCGGGAGCUUGCUGCCGAGGCCGAGGGGCUGCGGCUGCGGUGCCAGCGGCUCGCGGGAGAGAACGGGCAGCUCAAGGCAGUCGCCAGCGAGAUGGAUGCGCUGCGCGCGGCGCACGCGAGGCUCGAGCGGGACCUGACGGAAGCGACGACCGCGCGGGCGGUGGCGGAGGCGGAGGUCCUGUCGGUGCGGUCGGAGGCGGAGCGGGAGGCCGAGCGUGCGCGCGCGGCGGUGGAGGCGGCGGAGCGCCGCGCGGAGGACGCGCACGCGGCGCUCGCGGCGGCGCGGCACGAUGCGGCGGCAGCUGCGACGGAGGCGCAGGAGGCACGGUCGCGCGCGGACGGGGCGGCGGCGGCGGUGGACGCGGCGAAGGGGCGCGAGCGGGAAUUCGUGGCGGCGCUGGCUGCGAGCGACGCGAAGCUCGCGAGCGUGCAGGAGGCGCUGCGGACGCUGCGGGCGGAGCGCGAGGCCGCGGACGUCGCGGCGCGGGAAUCUGCGGAGAAGGCGCGGCGUGCGGACGAGGAUGCGCAGAAGCGCUUCGCUGAGUACGAGAGCCGCAUUCGGACCGCGGAGGACUCGCUCGAGCGCGCGCUGAGCCGCGCGAAGGCGCUGCCGGAACGCAUGUCGCCGUCGCGGCGCAACCUGACGCAGGGGGGGGGUCCCAGCCCGUCGAGGCGGAGACUGGACGCGGACGCGGACGCGGACGAGUACGAUCGCCCUGCGCAGGGCCGCAAGGGCCCUGCCAGGGCCGCGUCGUCGCGGCGGGCGCGGCGCGAUGACGGUGACGCAGCGGACGUCGACCCUGGGCGGUCGCCGCGGCGCCGGGGCGGCCUCGCCGUCGCGCGCGACGACGACAUGUCGACAGGCCGCGCGCGCGGGAAGCGCACGUCGUUCGCGGGCGUCCCUGCCGGCCCCGCGUACGCACCGAGUCGCGACGGCACAGGCGGCGGAUCGCGCGGCCGCGAGCGCGCGGGGUCGUACGGCGGGUUCCGCAGCGCGACGCGGCGGCCCUCGCGGUCGCGCAUGGGCCUGGGCGGCGGGACCAGCACCUCCGCGGCGAGCUCGCCCCGGAAGGGCCCGUUCAUCACCGCGCAAUUCCCGGAGCCUGGCUUUGGGGGGUUCCCGCCGUCCCCGGCGCGGUCGCGGCGAUCGCGCGGCUCCGCGCGGCUCAGCCGUGACGCGAUCGCGGCGGCAGGCCUGGUGUCGGCGACGACGGCCCGUCGGCUGCGCGACAAGUUUGGCGACAGCGGCAUGGUGUCCAAAGAGGUUGCGAACGCGCUGCGGGACCAGAUCGCGGAGACGGAGGCGCAGCUGUACGAGCUGGAGGAGUUGCACGAGGGCGGGCGGGAGGACGUGGCGCGUGCGGUGCGGGACGUGCGGGAGGUGAUGCAGGUGCUCACAGAGGUGCGGACGCAGUUGGGGAACCGGUGGGCGGAGGUGCUGGGGGACAGGGAGGGGUCGCACGAGCUACUUGGGGUGCUCCAGGGGCGGCUGUAUGCGCUGGAGGAGCGGAUCGCGCCGCGGAGGGGCGCUGGGGCGGACGUGACGGUCGGCGGGGCUUGA